AUGUAUUAUACCUAUGAUCGCCUUGUGAACAACUUCGGAGACAUGAACGCCCAGGCCGUAUCUAAUUGGGUCUUCGGAAUGGUUUCACAGGGCAUCGUUGCGAUGUCGGUUCAGAUUUUCUUUUCGUGGAGGGUCAGGGUCCUCACGAACAUGUUAUGGGUGAUGAUCGGGAUUAUUUUCCUGGCCGUCGUGUCGUGUCUCGCCACUGUUACUGUUUUCCUUGUCGCGGCGAUUCUCGUUCCAAGUCCCACAGCGUCUGCAGCUCAAUACUUGCAGCCUGUCGUCAUUGUCUGGUUGGUCUCAUCCGUGUCGGCAGAUACUAUGAUUAGCACUGUCCUUGUCUACUAUCUGCAAAGGCACAAAACGGGCUUCGUGAGAACAGACGACACAAUCAAUAAGAUCAUCAGACUUACUGUUCAGACCGGCGUUAUAACCUCCGUGUGGGCCACUGUGGACCUUGGCGUUUAUCUGGGCGAUUCGACCGCGCAUCUCAAUGCGCGAGAGGGCUUGAUGAGCAGUUCGACAGAAUACAGCACCAGCUUAAACGGAAGUCACAGCACAGGCAAGCACAAACCACCGCCGAGUGCAGUCGCUUUCGCUUCACCUUAUGUGCAUCCUGAGGUGUUCAUCGACAUAGAGGCGCACGAGAUGCGGGACCCAUCGCCGAAUAGGAAGCAUACCCUCGACACGCCAAUGACAGGAACCGAUGAGGCCUUUUCUAUUAUGAAACCUGCUGAUGCGCUCUGA